AUGCUGCCUGCUGUCGUGAAGCUCUGCUGUGGAAUCUCCUACCCACACCUGAGGAGUACGGCAGGACUUCAACGCACAACGAUGGCAGUGAUAGGCCAGGAGGUCGCACACCUGCAGCGGUGGGGACAGAUGCAACAGUGCCUGAGAUCACUUGCUGGUUUGAAUUAUAACGAGUCCAACAGAGACGAUGUGCCAGCAAAAGAAGAUCAGCUGUUCUAUGUGCAACAAGGCCGAGGAGCAAUGAGGAAGGCCCUCAGCAUGCUGGAGGACAAAGACGGCUGGAAAGUGGAGAUCGCAGAGAGCACCGGGGAUGUGAUCUGCAGCAAAGCGAUGCCGGGGGCCAGGAAGGUCUUCAGGCUGGAGGCGGUGCUGGAGGCCGGCGUGGACGAGCUCUAUGACAUCCUGUUCACCAGGGUGGAGGAGAUGCACCAGUGGAACCCGAGCAUUCAGCGAAUCAAAGUCCUGAUGCACGUCGGGCCCGGGACGAUCGUCACUCACGAGGUUUCGGCCGAGACGGCAGGAAAUCUAAUUGGCCAAAGGGAUUUCCUGAGUGUCAGACACAGCUGCAAACAAAGGUCCAGUGUUUAUCUUGGAGGAGCAGCGAUUCAGCUGGAGGCCUUCCCACCUCAGGCGAGCUUUGUGAGAGCUGAGGAUGGACCGACAUGCAUCAUCAUUCAGCCUCUGGACGGGGAUACGAGAAAGAGUCACUUCACGUGGCUUCUCAACAUGGACGUGAAGGGGUGGCUGCCAAAGUCCAUUGUCAAUCAGGCUCUGCCUCGAGCACAGCUGGAUUUCACCAGACAUCUCCGCAGACGCCUCACACAGCAGCAGCCUGUCAUCAUUCACAGGGGGAGACUGAGAGACGGAGGCCCCCCCACAGCCCGGCUGUUCGGCAGGAAGCCGCCCUUUCCUCGAGUGCAGAGGGGCUGCCUGUGGGAGAAGCUCUGCUCCUAA